AAGCCACUGAUCGAGUGUAGUUGUGAAGGUCUGUCACAGGGUCUGGUUCUACUCUCUCACAUAGCUAAUAAUUUUAACUUGCACUACAAAAUGCUUUGUGGAGUGAAUCGACUGAGUUUGGAAAGAAUUUCUGCCCGGUGCAUUUUGUCCAGGCAUCUGUCAAGUGCACAGACCAAAGCAGCCCUAAAACCAUUUUACUUUGCAGUUCAUCCUGAUCUUUUUGGCCAGUAUCCAAUGCAGAGGUCAAUAAAUGAAGAUUCCUUGAAGAGGUUGAACUCAUACCUGGAAGAUCUGCAGAAGAAAAAUCCUGUGAAUCCCACUCACUUGAUGUUCUAUUUAAAAAAUGAUACAGCAACACCACCACUUGAAGAGGGGCUGGAUCUCUUCAAGACGGUAAGAGUUUCGCUUUUCUCUCGUGAUGUCCAGUUCACCAUCAGUCACAUUUUAAAGACCUGUGGUAUGUUGGAAGAUCUGGUUACUCUGCACCAGAACAGUGAAAAACCUAAGGUGUCAGUUGCACUUCCCUAUGAUGCACCACAUCACUGGCUUAAUGUUUAUAAACAGUUCAGUGACAGGCAGAGUCCUGUGGACCUUGCUCAAUUGCAGAGAAACUCACGACUCUCUUUGAGAGACUUCCUUGACAAGAACAUCCAAGAUGCCAGGAGAAAACAAGAAAGUAGUAAAUCUGUCAUAGAGGAGAGUAAACUGCUUUCUGAUAAGAUAUGUAAAGAACUCAGGUUGAACAAGCUGGAGUCAAUCAGUGGCUGGAGUCAUGCAUCCUAUCAUGGCUCCCUUAAAAACUUUUGGAACCUUUGCAUGUCCAAGAAGUCUGAACUUCAGAAUCUCAAGGGACAUACAAUAAUUUUUACAGACUGGACAGGAGUUGAUCCUCUGGGGCGUGUCAUGUUGAAUACUCAAGAUGUCCCAGAAUUUUGGCUCUCGAACUUAACAUCCUUGGAAGACUAUGAUGUUCUUGUUGAUCAGGUACCUAUGUGGGAGAGAAAACUAUCCUCAUUACUUGGAGACAUGAACAUCAAAUACGAUGAAGAUUCACCUUCUGUCUCAGUUGUGGAAUAUCUAAACUACCUGUACCGAGUGGUUUCCUUGCUGAAAAAAGGAUUACUCGGAGCUGAUGCUUCAACAACCAUUCAGCCAGGGGAAUUUAAAGAGUGUACUGCAAGAAUCCUGAG